ACACCCUUCAAUAAAAAAUCUGAGUUUUGAAGUACAUAUUCUAAUAUACAAGUUAAUUGACAGAUGUUAUAGCGGAGAAAAAUUGAACAAAACAAUUUCAAGUAAAAAUGAUAAUAAAAAUUAUAAAUUUAUCAUCUCUUGAUCGUCCUUCUCUCGUUAUCAGAUUAUUAUUUGUGUAAAAAAAUUAGCAAUAUCAAUAUAAGCAUUAUAUAUAGUUCUAGUAAAUUUAAAACAAAGUUUGUUGCCAUAUUUAUGCGAAACUUUGGAUUUAAGCAGCAGGUACCCUCUGUAUUCGUUUAAUGUUACAUAUAAUUCCAAAGUUUUUGAACGUUCCCCUUAAUUCAUCAAGAAAUAUGUCGAAAUUUUGUGCAAACCUAGCAUUUUUGUUUCCGGACAAACCUUUAAAAGAGCGUUACCAGCUGGCAAAAAAUGCAGGAUUUAAGGCCGUGGAAACGGGAUUCCCAUUCGGUCUUGAAAUGCAAGAAGUUGUUGCAGCUAAAAAUACUGCUGGUAUUGAGCAAAUUCUUAUCAACAUUUACACUGGCGAUGUUUCGAAAGGGCAAUUAGGGUUUGCAGCAAUUCCUGGUAAAGAAAAAGAGUUUAAAGACAGUUUAGAAAAAACUAUUGAAUAUGCUAAAGCAUUGGGUGUGAGAAAAAUCCAUAUCAUGUCUGGAAAAGUUGAUGAGAAUAAAAAUGCCCAUGAUAUUCUUUAUGAAAGUAAUUUAAGGUAUGCAACAAAAAUGUUGGAAAAGGAAAAUUUGAUUGGAUUAAUUGAGCCCAUUAAUAAAUACUCAAUUCCAAAUUACUACAUGAAUUCAUAUGACAAAGCUGUUUCUGUAAUUGAAAAAAUAAACAGCCCACAUCUAAAGCUUAUGUUGGACAUAUUUCAUUUACAAUUAAUUAAAGGAAAUAUCACACAUACAAUACAUGAAUUAAAAAAUCAUAUCGGCCAUGUCCAAAUAGCCCAAGCUCCUGAUAGACAUGAACCUACAACCGAGGGAGAGAUCAAUUAUAAAUAUGUGCUGGAAAUUCUCCAAAGGGAAGGAUACAAUGAUUGGAUAGGACUCGAAUAUAAACCUUUGAAAGACACCAAAGAAGGACUGAAGUGGAUUCAAGAUUUGGGAUAUUCUUUAUAAAGAACAUCACAAAAUGAAAAUAUAUUUUAUUAAUGUAAUAAAAAUAUUUUUGCAAUUUUUUUUAAAGAAAUUACUUUCCAGAGUAGAAUCACAGAAUUUCUAUACCCACAAUUUAUUUUAUUUAAACAAAAAACGUACCACACCGUCACUGAACAGAGUAACAAACAAGCCAUCCUUUAAGAUCAAAGAAUAGUUAGACCGAGACCCUGAAUACUCUUCACACUUGGCUUUUGAUCUGGUAAUAGGCAAAAUGAAGCCAUACAAUUAGAAAUACACUAUUAGGAGUAGACACAUUGUCACAAAAACACUUGAAAGUCCUCACAUGGAAGCGUUUCCAGUGAUUGCAAGGCAUUCAGUACCUUGGUGAUCUAAGUCUUCUCUUUUCCACAGGAUGUGUACUGAUCAAUUUCUAUUUGGCUCAGUUUCUCCUGGUAAUUCCAGAAAUCACUGUGUCCUGUAAGGAAGCCAAGAUCUACAGAGGAAGGAAUUAUUUUGAGUGAUUAAAUCCUGGAGGAUUCCUCAUUAAUUUUCACAGAUUGAGACCCUACACUAAGAAAAACGGUAUUGGGAGUAGGCAUAUUGUCUCAAAAUUCGCAGAUGUGAUUCUAGAUAUGGGGAAUAGUAGUAGUAAUACUGCGACCUGAAGGUCUAUUGUACCUCUAUCAGAAGUAUCCUCCUCACUUGAUCAUUUAUAACUCUCUUACAGUACCUGCGUCUGCUCCAAUGAGGUUACAUCCAAGCGUUUUCAGUGGUUUCUCUUUCCCACAGGAUGUGAACUGAUCAGUUUCUCCUGGUAAUUCACUGUGUCCUGAAAGGGAGUCAAGAUCUACGGAUGGAGGAAUUGUUUGUAGUUAUUGAAUCCUGAAGGAAUCCUCAGUAAUUUUCGCAGAUUGAGGCCCUAUGGAAGCAUUUUCAGUGAUGACAAGGCAAUCUGUACCUAGGUGCUCUAAGGCUUCUCUUUCCUACAGGAUGUGUACUGAUCAAUUUCUAUUUGACUUAGCUCAUCUGAUGAUUCCAGAAAUAACCGUGUUCUGAAAGGAAGCCAAGAUCUAUAGAGGGAGGGAUUGUUUUGAGUUAUUAAAUCCUGGAGGAGUCCAGUAAUUUUCUAUCCUACUUUUUCAUCUUUUGAAAUUCUUUGUUCUAGGUGUGUUUUUCUAUACCGCAGAAAGGUUUAGGGUAUAGUAACGCAUAAAAAGAAA